AUGAGCAACUCUGAAAAUGAGCUCGAAGACUCUGACCUCUUCGGCCCGCCGACUGAGCCACCCUCCACCCCAUUUGGCCCUGCAGCCUUGGGAGACACGCUUCGCGGUCGCCGAAUUGCGCUGGGGGCGUGGAACAUGUUCUUGCCCCUCUUCAGCCUCACCGUCACGGUGAGGAUCGGGGUCGCCGUCCUUUACGUCGCAAGUCACUUAGGAUUCGGCUUUAGCACCUGCGCCAUCGGGAUUGUGGAAGAACCCAAGAACCCAACUGCCUAUUUAAGGACUGUUACCUUCUCCUACUCCAAGAUCCUGGAAUUCGGCGACACCAACUUCAUUCUCCUCCGGAAGCAGAAGCUGAUCUUCCUCCACUGGUACCACCACGCAAGCAUCCUCCUCUUCACGUGA